AGAAGAUCCGUAUACACACUUGUACGCUUUGAAAGUUUUUAGACACUUCGGUGCAACAAUCAAAAUAAAGAAAUUAAGCAUUUCUUGUUAUUACCAUAUUACAUUCCCAGCUGGAAAUGUAUCUACAGAUUGCGCCCCACCAAAACCGCAACCUGCGGGAAUUGGCUCAACAAGGACCGCCACAAGAUGAAGUCUUGGUGUACGUGCUGUUUGUCAACACAACGAAUCGCACUGUCGAUUUGUAUUGGGUGCGUGAGCGCGAAACCGAAAAUAUUCAAUACACCUUAAAGCCGUUUGAAGAGGUACGCGUAAAUACAUUUAAUACGCAUACCUGGUUUUUCCGUGACUACUAUACAGGCGAGCGGAUGCAUGUUCGCUCCCAGCGUAUCUUUUGCCCUGUGCGCAUACGCAUGCCAAGAGAUCCACAGCGUCCCGAGGAGCUAUGCGAUGUUCGCAGUCAGGUGUUGAUACACUUCCCUUUGCGAACCCUUAAGGAAAACUGCUUGUGGUUGAUCGUUAAAUGGCUAAAGCGUACGUGCAACGCACCGCGAGACUACAUCAACAAUUACAUGAUACCGGCAACGUUGAAGCAACAGUUGCUCACAAUUCUGGCCACCAUCGAGGUUUACUGCAGCCAGGCGCAAGCAGCCCGAAUUCGAAGGUGAAGAAGAACAUCUAGACAAAGGCCAGUUGAACAUUUCCGCUACUGAUGCUGAUCGAAUCGGCUUGAAUC